AUGGGUGGAGGUGGAAGUACGCCUUUGACCCCCUUGGCAUGUAUGUUAAAACAUUUCAAAGAUGCCUACAUUAGCCAGGAUUACGGCAUAAAAUGGAGUAGGCAGAGGUUGCGGGUGUUCUGUGAGGUGGACUGGCCAGAACUCAGAGUAGGCUGGCCAGCAGCAGGGUCGCUGGACCUAGGGAUAGUACUGCAAGUACACCAGAGGGUCUUCCACCCCACCAGAGGUCAUCCUGACCAAGCCCCAUAUAUUGAUGUCUGGCGUACUCUGCUGCCCAGAGGAGUUGCCCAAUCCGCCGCCAUAUCUCCCUCGGGGGAGGGACAAAUAGGCUUUAGGGCAAGCACCUCAGUUUCUAGCAGUGCAGGGGAAGGAGCUGAUACCUUCCUGAGAGCCCUCGAUGACUUGGGCAUCCCCGACUCACCGGGGGUACCAAGCCCAGCUGACCGCUCCGCCCAAACCAGUUUGGAUGGAGCAGACAAGGGGGCCCGCCCGAAGGAGCGACAAACCCAGAAAAGCGAACAGAUCACCCCCUCCUCUGAUGAAUUAGAAGGAGCAGUGGGGGGACAAAAGUUGCCCCUCGGGGAACAGGAAGGCCCCAUAGCUGAUCGAACUCGCUCAAAGAAUACCAGGCAGAGUGAGGAAGCUGAUCCGUCGGAAGACGGACCGGCUUUCCUGAGCCCUCUCAGGAGGGUAGAUCAGUCCGUCGUUGAACCAAACAGGGAGCCCGUAAUGGUCUCUGUGUUUCAACACGUCCCAUUUACCUCCUCGGACCUUUUGAACUGGAAAAUGCAUUAUGGUCCGUUUUGUAACAAACCAGCAGAGGUUACUGAUUUGAUUAAAACUAUUGUAGAUACCCACAAUCCAACUUGGAGGGAUCUACAACAGUUGAUGAGUACCAUCUUCAAUCCGGAAGAGAGGGAAAAGAUUAGGAAUGCUGCCCUUAAAAUCUUAAAAGGAACUAUGCCAGCCCGGGAUACGACUUUUGAACACUGGGUGGCUAGAAAUUUUCCCUCUGAAGAUCCAAGAUGGGACCCUUAUAACAUCGAGGAUUUCAGGUCCCUUCAGGAUUACCAGCGCCUUGUGGUGCAGGCGAUCCAGGUGGCGGGGAAACCCACUACCAACAUGUCAAAACCUUCUUUGGUGAUCCAAGGUGCUAGUGAAGCCCCAGAAGCCUUCUAUGCCCGGCUGUUAGAUGCUUACCGAAUGUACACCCCCAUAGACCCUACUCAGCCUGAAAAUGCUCGCAUGUUGGUAAUGGCCUUCAUUUCUCAAUCAGCCCCUGACAUACGGCGAAAAUUGCAGAAACUGGAGGGAGCUCUUGGGAAACCCAUGAGUGAACUGAUGGAAGUUGCAAGGAAGGUUUUUGCGAACAGGGAUAAAAUUGAGGAACAGAAGCAGGAGCAAAAGAUGCAUAAAAAGGCAGAAUUGCUUGCUGCAGCUUUGAUGGGCGGACCUGUGGCCCGCGAUGGGCCAAGAAUGGGCAGAGGCUUGAGGGGUCGGGGGGACCCCUGGGGCGGCUCAAGGGGCCAGGGGUCAGGGGGACCCCUGGACCCAAAUCAGUGUGCCAUAUGCAAGCGAUUUGGCCACUGGAGGGGAGAAUGCCCUGAAAAAGAACUGGAACGUGCCAAGGAAGGAAAUCGGGGAGGUUAUGCCCGAGACGGCCGAGAUGGACGAGGCAGACCCUUUCGAGGGAGGGGACGAGGGGCGUCCAACACCCCCCUCAUUGGUCUGGCCGAAGUCGAGGAAUGGGAAUGAAACGGACCGGGCUCGGCACGCCUCCCUGAACCCAUGGUCAGUCUCACAAUUGGAGGCAAGCCUAUUCCCUUCCUUGUAGACACAGGGGCUACCCGAUCCGUCAUAACCAAACCCUUGGCCCAGCCCUCCUCGCAUACCAUCAUGGUCCAGGGGGCCACAGGCCAGCCAAUCAAACGCCCAUUCCUCAACCCCCUAAUUUGUCACACGGGGGGUAAAACGAUAACUCAUCAAUUUGUUUACAUGCCUGAGUGCCCUCUUCCCCUUAUGGGGCGAGACUUGUUGAGUAAAUUAAGGGCUCAGAUUUCUUUUGAGCCGGACGGUUCUACUUCUUUGACAUAUGGCAAGGUCUCUGUGGAGGUUCCCCAAGAGGAAGCAUGGCGCUUAUUGGCUUUGCAGGAAAUUAUAGCAAAUUCCGGAUGGGAGGAUUUCAAUGUCCGUUCCCUGUGGGCUGAGGACAACCCCCCCGGUUUUGCUAGCCAUCAGGUGCCCGGUGUUGUCGAGGAGCUCCCUGCCAAACCUCCAGUUCGCCUUCGUCAACGGGCUUACCCUAGACACAUUAUGCAGGCUAUACAGGAAGUCAUUGAUCUCUAUCUGGCACAUGACAUUCUGGCCCCUACUGAAUCGGCCUGGAACACCCCAAUCUUGCCUAUUCCGAAAGGGGAUGGCCGUUUCCGCAUGGUCCAAAAUCUAAAGCCAGUUAAUAGUGCUACAGUGACCAUUCAUCCUUUGGUCCCAAAUCCGUACGUGAUUCUGGGCUUGAUUCCCCAGACUGCGUCAUGGUUUUCGGUCAUAGACCUGAAGGAUGCAUUCUUUACCAUCCCAGUCCAUAAAAAGAGUCAGCAUCUUUUUGCUUUUGAGUGGGAAAAUCCGGCUACUGGUCGUAAACAGCAGUAUACGUGGACCAGGUUGCCUCAAGGGUUUAAGAACUCCCCCACUUUGUUUGGAAAUGCCCUCGCGGCUGACUUGGAAGCCUUACACCUUCCCAAGCCUGAGGUCUUAUUGCAGUAUGUUGAUGACCUGUUGAUCACUGGCCAGACAAAGGACAUAUGCUGGCAAAACACUUAUGAUCUCUUGCACCUUCUACAGCGACUGGGCUAUAAGGCUUCUCGGAAAAAGGCACAAUUGGUUUGCAAAAAAGUUAGAUACUUGGGCUAUGAUAUUGAGCCUGGAAAACGCACCUUGGGUCAUGAAAGAAAGGAAGCUAUUUGCCGCCUCCCCACCCCACGGACUAAAAAGGAUCUCCGGGGGUUUCUGGGGGCUGCUGGGUUUUGCCGCAUUUGGAUUCCCAACUUUAGCCUCCUUGCAAAACCCCUAUAUGAGGCAACCAGAGGUAGUGACCGGGAGCCACUCCUCUGGCGAAAAGAGGAACAGAAAAGUUUCUCAAGUUUAAAACAUGCCCUAAUGCAAGCCCCUAGCUUGGGUUUGCCAGACUUAGACAAACCUUUUCAGUUAUUUGUAGAUACUAAACAAAAUGUUGCUGUUGGGGUUCUCACCCAAAGGUUAGGAACCUGGCAUCGCCCUGUAGCCUAUCUUUCCAAGCAACUGGAUCCUGUUGCGAGGGGUUGGCCUGCCUGUCUCAAGGCUGUUGCUGGCACGGCUCUUCUUACUCAGGAGUCUUGCAAACUAACCUUUGGACAAGAGCUUGAAAUACAAACCCCUCACGCCUUGAAGGCUGUCUUGGAAACAAAGGGUCAUUUGUGGUUAACCAAUCCCCGAAUGCUUAAAUACCAAGGCCUUAUAACUCACAACCCCAUGAUUGUUUUAAAGCAAUCUACUUCUUUGAAUCCGGCAACUCUCCUUCCUGAACCUGAUCUUGAUACGGCCCACGAUUGUAUUCAGACUAUUGGGGAAACAUAUGCCAGCCGCCCUGAUAUGUCAGAUGUCCCACUUCCCCGUCCUGACUAUGCACUGUACACCGACGGCACUAGUUUCCUCCUGGAUGGGGUUCGCAAGGCUGGAUAUGCUGUUGUUACCCUAACUGAUGUCUGGGAAGCCGAACCCCUCCCUCCUGGUACUAGUGCACAGUUGGCGGAGCUCCAUGCUUUAACUAGAGCCCUUGAGCUUUCUAAAAAUCUGAAUGUUAACAUUUACACAGAUUCAAAGUAUGCUUUUUUAACUGUUCAAGUCCACGGGGCAUUGUAUAAAGAAAGGGGACUCAUUACGGCAGGAGGAAAGGACAUCAAGUAUGGUCCACAAAUCCUCCACCUGCUGGACAGUGUUUGGGCCCCUCACAAGGUGGCUGUCAUGCAUUGUAGGGGCCAUCAAAAAUCACCAUCGGAUACGCAACUGGGUAAUCAUAAGGCUGACCAGGAGGCUCGCCUUGCGGCUCUCAAACCCUUCAUACCGCAGGCACACUGUUUCGCCUUAUGGAAUCCCCCAGACUCUAUGCAGCCUCAUUAUAGUGCAUUGGAACUGGCCCAAGCCCGUGAGCUCGAUGCUUUCCUACAGGGGGGUUGGUGGAUCUUGCCCGAUUCUCGUGUCUUCCUCCCGGGCCACCUGGCCUGGGAUGUGGUUAAUCAGGUCCAUGCGCAAUUGCACCUGGGCAAGACUGCUUUGGCACAUGCUUUGCUGCGAGAAUUCUAUAUCAACAAAGUCCAUAGCAUUGCAGCCAACGUCUGCUCCAGGUGCCACACUUGUGCAGCUAAUAACCCUAGAACGGGACCCCAACCCCCGCAAGGACAUCAGCCUAGAGGAGAUUUUCCUUUUGACUCACUUAUGAUUGAUUUCACCGAUUUGCCCCGCUCUGGUUCAUACACUGCCCUGCUUGUCAUUAUCUGUACCUAUUCGGGUUGGCCAGAAUGUAUUCCCACUCGCACCAAGCGGGCCUCUGAGGUCACGAAGGCCCUCUUGCAGCUUAUCAUUCCUCGUUACGGCCUGCCUUCUAAGAUCUCUUCAGAUAAUGGCCCGGAGUUUAUUCAUAAGGCAACACAGAAGAUUUCCACUAUGCUGGGUAUUCACUGGCGCCUUCAUUGUGCUUUUCACGCCAGUAGUGGUUCUUUUGUGGAAUGGGUUAAUAGAUCAAUUAAGGACAAACUGGCAAAGAUUUGUCAGGAAACGCACCUCAAGUGGCCAGAUGCCUUGCCAAUGGCUCUGCUCGCUGUGCGUUGCGCUCCUCGCAAAGAUUUGCUUGUUUCCCCUUUUGAAUUACUUUAUGGGAGGGUUCCCAACUUAGCUCGUCCCUCUCUGUCUUCCGAGACCCAAUUGGGAGACACUAUUAAGCUCCAACAACUUCAAUCACUUAAUCAAAUGGUUCACAAGUUACAGGAUUAUGUUUUGUCCUCCCGCCCACACCUGUUUGUAACCCCCACUCACAACAUCUCCCCUGGUCAGGAAGUGUGGGUUAAGGAGUGGAAACGGGAACCUCUUUGUCCUAAAUGGAGAGGACCUUUCUCUGUAGUUAUGACUUCUCCGCUUGCUAUUAAAGUUGCUGAAAUUAAGCCUUGGAUCCAUUGGUCACGAGUCAAGGUUGCCGCUUCAUCCGCUUGGCGGGUGGAUUCCCAUCCAGAGCAGCCUUUGCGUCUCACCCUUCGCCGACAGCGCGCUGCACCUGUGGCUGCCCCUUCUGGUGACACUCCGGAAGCUGUCCCUCUACGAACGGGAGCCGAAGAGGAAUCCCCUGCAGGUAUUACUCCGGAGGCUAAUACCCAUCGCACGGGCAAACGCUUCCCCGCGGAUGAUGACAUUUGGACAUGGUUGGGAGGAAAUACGACCCCUACAUUGCGUGUAUACGAAGCCAUAGCGGCUGAAAUCAUCCACUAUGGUCAGGAAGUACCUCUUCCUGUAUUUGAUGGAGGGUCUUAG